UUAUUUUAUUUUUUAGAUUUUCAUAUGGAUCCUCAUUUUAUAGCAGGUUCAGAUACAUCAGCUUUUUGUCAUCGUAAAGAAAGUCUAGGUGAUGUAGGACCAUUUGGGGCAUUAAGUUCAAGUUGCGACUCGCCUCCCGCUUUGGUGGAAGAAGUAUUCAAGUUUUUGAAAACAUUACCAAAGAAUGAUUUUGUGAUUUAUACUGGCGAUUCUGCAAGACAUAAUCGAGACAAGAAAGAAAUCCCUCGUGAUUAUGAUGAAGCUCUUGAAACACAAAACAUCAUUGUUCGUCACUUUAUGGAGACGUUUGAUACAUCUACUACAAAGGUGGUUCCCGUUAUCGGUAACAAUGAUGUUGAAAAAAACAAUGAUUGUUCGGCUGAUGAUCCUGCUUACGAAGCUAUACAAAAAGUAUGGUCGCCUUUGAACUUGAAUAUUGAACAAGACUUUUAUCAUGGUGGAUAUUAUGCUCAAGAUCUAAUUCCUGGUAGAUUACGUGUCCUCAAUACAAACACCAUGUUAUUUAGUGCCAAGAAUAAACUAAACAAAAUCGAUUGUGAUGUUGAAGAUAGUCCUGGUUACAACCAUAUGGGUUGGCUUAAGUCUCAAUUGGACAACGCUCGUGGUCAACAGAUCAAAGUCUAUAUCUCAGCUCAUGUACCUCCCAACAGUAAACGUGAUCGUGUAUUUUACAAAGCAGCCUGUUACAAUAGAUACUAUCAACUUUUAGGUGAUUAUGCUGACGUGAUUUUGGGUCACUUUGCUGGGCAUUUCAAUAAUGAUGUCUUGACAGCGGUGGUCAAAGGCCCUGGUUUGGAUCAAUUUGAUGGUAAACCAUGCAACAUCACAUCACCCACACCACAAGCACUUGGUGUUUUGUUCAACGCUCCAUCUGUCAUUCCUCUCAACAAUCCAGGGAUUCGGGUUUAUGAAUAUGAAACAACAGGUGAAAGGGCGCCUAUUGGCACAAUUUUGACUUACAAACAAUAUUAUGCUGAUAUUCAAGAAGCCAAUUCCAAAGGUGUACUAACAUUCAAGUUGGAAUAUGAUGCUGCUCAACUGUAUGGCGUGGAACGAUUCGAUGCCGCUGGUAUGACUCAUAUUUUGGAAUCUCUAGCUGCCAAUCCUCAAGCUUUUGAAGAGUUCACUCGGGUCAAGAAUCCUUUACCUCCUCCACCUGAAGACGAUUAA